CGGUUUCUAUUUGCUUCAUCACCAAGCUAAAAAGAAAAAAGAAAAAAAAGGAUAUAAUCCAUAAAUUCAGGUGGUGACAGAAUCAUUUCCCGACAGCUGCAGACUACUACUGAGACCCAAAGGGGGGAAAUUAAAAAAUUAAAAACUAAAUUUCGGAGCCACGGGUAGCGCGGUAUCAGUUCGGAGUCGGAGCCGGAGAUCGGCGAUGGCUGCCGCCGGUAAUCCCUUAUCCUCCGCCACCACUUCCACGGAGCCGCCAGUUACUGCCACGGGCACCGUCACAAAACCUUUGAAUUUCUCUGCUGAUUCGGUUCCAAAGAGAAUCGUACUGUCGCCUGAUCAGCGUAGUUACUGUUUGGAAGCACUCCCAGCCUUUAAGGAGAAAAGGUGUCACUCUCCUGGCAAAAUUGACUCAGAAUUCUCUGCUUUGCAGAAAAAUAGGUUGAAAGCUUCAGAGAUGAAAAGUAGAUGCUCGGUGGCUUUGGACAGCACAAACAUCAGCAAAAAUCGUUAUACUGAUGUUCUGCCAUUUGACAAUAGUAGGGUCGUUUUGGACCCAUGUAAAGACUAUAGACCUUCAGCUAGGGGAUAUAUCAAUGCAAGCUUUGUAUCGAUAUCAGAAAGAGUGUCCCGGUUUAUUGCAACACAAGGUCCACUACCACAUACCUUUGAAGACUUCUGGGAAAUGAUUAUUCAGAAUCGCUGUCCUGUGAUUGUGAUGCUUACACGAUUGGUUGACAAUUACAAGAUGGUGAAGUGUGGGGAUUACUUUCAGGCAGAGGAUGGGCCUAGAACAUUUGGGAAUAUAUGUGUUGUGACGAAAUGUAUAAAGACGAGUCAUACCUCCUUAAUAUUACGAAAUCUGGAGGUGAACUAUAUUGAGUCAGAAGAACCACCUUUGCAUGUUAUACACAUUCAGUAUCCUGAAUGGCCUGAUCAUGGAGUUCCAGAGGACACACUUGCUGUUCGUGAAAUUCUGAAUCGAACACACGAUGUGCCUCUUAGUCUUGGACCAAUUGUAGUACACUGCAGUGCAGGUAUUGGUAGGACAGGAACAUAUUGCACAAUCCAUAAUACCAUCCAGAGAAUACUGGGUGGAGAUAUGUCUGCUCUGGAUAUUGUUAAUACUGUUGCCAUCUUUAGGUCUCAGCGAAUUGGGAUGGUUCAGACCAUGGAUCAAUACCUUUUCUGCUAUGAUGCCAUUAUUGAUGAGCUGGAACACCUCAUCUCAGAUGACAAUGGAGAGAAGACUCCAUAAUGUAGUGAGUUAACAAGAGCUACGAUUCUUGCUCACAAUGAGAUAUGAAACAGUAGUUUAUGCUGUGCAAAUUAGUUGAGUCUACUUGAGCUGCUUCGUCCCGCUCUCUUUGUGUUGGAUCCCAAGCUGUUCGGGUGAUACCAGUUGAUCUUUCUAUUGAGACGAACUCUUUCGGAUGACCGAUGUCAGAUGUUUCUCUUGGCUGAAUGAAUCUCAUGAACUUAACAUAAUGUUUGCAGUUCCAGAAAUUACAUUUCUGGUUUGCAGUGUAACAUAGUCAUUCAAGAAUAGCCAAAGCCCAAAGUGGUGACUCUUAUGUUCUAACCUUAUACAGAUUCAAGCUGCUACUUAAUGGUUAAAUAGCAAGGUCUGGGUGUGAAA